GAGAAAAUAUUAAAUGAAUCAUUCAAUAGCAUUGUGCUAACAAAAGUAUUAAAAAAUGUAUUUGUUGAAAUCCUAUAUAUCGAAGCUUGGUAUAUAUGAUGGAUUACAUAUAAUGUUAUUACAUUUAAUGGUGGUAAUGCUGGCAAAUUGGAAGUUUCUUAGAAAAGCUAGAAUACGACAGUCAGCGGAGAAUGCGAAGCAAGUUGGCAAAGCAAAGUUAUAUGCUUCAGAAAUAUCCAAGAAGGUAUAAUCUUCAAUGUGCAAUUGUACAGUAUGGAAAAAGAUAAAUGUUACAAUAGCAGAUGAUUUUAGCUGCUUUUUCUACUAAAAAAUCCAUUUGAAAAAGUAGGAAUGAUGAACCCACUGUUAAGAAGAGAUGACCAAGAAGUAGCUCUUACGAAAAAAGAUUCAAGAGUUGGAAUAUCAAUUAUGCAAUCGUCUAUCGAAAUAAUCGACAAGCUAACGCCGAUUCAGAAAUUUUACGAUGGUGAAAGUAUAUUUUUAACUGGUGGAACAGGAUUUAUGGGAAAAUUAUUGAUUGAGAAAUUGUUAAGAGCAUGUCCUAGUAUCAAAUACAUUUAUAUUUUGAUACGUCCGAAGAACGGGAAAAAUGUCCUUGAACGUAUGGUAGAACUUAUGGAAGAUUCGUUAUUUUUUACGUUGAAAGAAAAAGAACCAACCUUCCAAAGACGCAUAGUUGCGAUCAAAGGCGAUUGUAGUUUGUCGAAUCUUGGUAUAUCCAAAAUCGAUAGAGCUAUACUUGCACGCGAGGUAUCAAUUGUUUUUAAUGUUGCCGCGACCGUGAGAUUCAACGAAAAACUGAAAUCUGCGAUAACUAUUAACAUUCGAAGUCUGAGGGAUUUGAUAAAUUUAUCGAAAGAAAUGCCGAAACUGAAGAGUUUCGUCCACGUAUCCACGGUUUAUGCCAAUUGUCUCUACAAUCCGAUCGAGGAAAAGUUUUAUGAUCCACCGAUAGAUGCCGACAAAUUGAUCGAUUUGGUCAACUCUCUGGAGGAAAAAAUGUUGGACUAUAUUACACCAAAAUUACUUGGAAGAUGUCCCAAUACUUAUGUCUAUACGAAAUCAGUUGCUGAGAGUGUGGUAAAAAAGCAUGCUGGCACGAUCCCGAUUGGAAUAUUUCGUCCUGGAAUUGUAAUAUCAACGUACAAAGAACCUGUUUCUGGAUGGAUCGACAACGUGUACGGACCAGUGGGAAUUACAGCAAGUGUUAUAAUAGGAUUAAUGCGAAUUCAUCAUUGCGAUGGGUUGGUAAAAGCGAACUUGAUACCAGGAGAUUUAACGAUCAACGGAUUAAUCGCUAGUGCAUGGGAUAUUGCUAAUAAUCCAAGAUUCAAUGAAAAUAUUCCUAUUUACAAUUACGUAUCUAAGGAUAAUCCAAUCACUUACAACACGCUGAAGGAAAUGACGUUUAAGUAUGAACGAUUAAUACCGUCUAAAGAGACGUUUUGGUAUCGUAGUUUUAGGAUGACAAAAUAUCGGCUGGUCUAUCUGUUUUAUGUGUACUUUCUACAUUUAUUACCAGCUUUUAUAAUCGAUACGAUCGCGUUAUGUAUAGGUAAAAAGCCGAGGUUACUCAAAAUAUAUAAUAAAAUUCAUAAAAUGUCGGACGUACUUCGUCAUUUUUCUACGAUUGAAUGGAACUUUAUGAAUGAAAGAUGGAACGAACUAACGAGGAAGUUAACGUCAGAAGAUCGUGAAUUGUUCUUUUGUGAUGUAAAAGGUCUCGUUUGGAAUAAUUACUUUAUGAGUUAUGUCCUAGGGAUAAGAAAAUAUAUUUUAAAGGAUCCCAUUGAAACUCUUCCACAAGCUCGUAUAAAAUGGCAAAGGCUUUACUGGAUCCAUCAAGGAUUCAAACUUAUUGUAGUCUGUAUUUUAUGUAUGAUCACGUGGGCUAUUGUUUCCAGACUACUUGUAGCGCUCGCUUCUUCAUGAAAGAAGUAAUAUCAUCAAAAAAGAUGAAGAGGAAAGGAUAAUAAUAAUUUAAGCUUUCAUCAUCAGUGCAAAUCAGUUAUUUCUCUUAUAAUAAGAGAUCUUGGUUAAACGGUUUGGUUAUACCUAGGAUAAAGAUACAAUUUUUGUGAAUUUUUAGGAUUUGGUUUCUUUUUGUGUAAUUUAUUAAGCUAUUUAUUGUUUAUCAAAAAAUAUGAGAAGGUCUGAUAUUAAAAAAAUAUGUAGGUCUGAUAUUUUCCAAAUCCUCUUGACGGCAACCAUAUUGCUGGUUGCAGGUUGAUUCAAAAAAAAGAAAAGGAAAGAAAUAAAUUUCCAACAGAUUAUCAAUUUUUUAAAAUAUUGCUAUUGAAUUGUACGUUAUACAAAAUGUACAACAUAAAAAAUGUACGAGUCGAGAAUUUAAAAAAUUCAAUUGCUCUCUGAAAAAUCAAAUAUCGAUUUUUUAAUAGUUGGCUGACUUUUCAAAUAACAAAUUUUCAAAAUAAAAGAGAUUAGCCUAAUUAUUUU